AUGAAGACUGUUCCUCUUCCAAUUAGUGAAACACCAGAGCUUGACUCAAAAGCCGGAGAGGACGUCACUCUUCAUUGCAGAUUCAAGAUAACCUCAAGCUUUGAGCUGCAGAACAUUCGUCUCUUCUGGCUCCUGUUCAGAAACGGGAAGAGAGUGAGAGUGCACAGUUACUACAAUGGAACAGACAGCCCAGAGGACCAGGAAGAGGAGUUCAAAGAUCGAACUCAGCUCUUUCUCCAACAGCUCAGUCAAGGGGUGACUUCUCUGACUCUCAGCAAUGCAAGACCUUCAGACAGUGGGCUCUACAGGUGUAUAAUUGCAGACAACCAGGAUGCGACUAUCAGAGAGACUCUUCUGCAAGUAGCAGCUCCAUAUGAACCCCCACAGAUAACAGCCCUGUACAACAAGGAAGAUAAUGUUCUCCUCCAGUGCAAGUCACAAAGGGGAUACCCUGAGGCAGAAUUAACGUGGCAAGAUGCGAAUGGAAAUGAACUGACUCCAUCAGAGCCUACAGAAUUCCUGAGGACGAGUGAGGGAGUCUUUCAGGUUCUCAGCAACCUAUCAGUGAGCACCAAUAAAGAUCCCAUUGUCUGCUGUUCUAUUACCCACAAAGUCUUGCUUCAGCACCUGACUAACUGUGAGAAGAUUACAGCGAAAUGGACACCAUUUCAGGAACUCCUAGAAAGGAUGAAAAUGGAGAAAUAUAGCAAGAGAAAGCUCACCCUAAACCACAUCCUAGAAAGUUUCAAAGACCAGAAACCUCAUGCAUUAGAAGAUUUACCUCGGAAUUUUCUGAGAAAGGUCAUGGCUCUGAAUGGGACAGCCAGAAGCACAACCAUAAUGCCCAGCACAUCUGAGGAACAAGGAAGCAAUCGAGAAAAGGAACAGGGUAUCGAUGAAACAAUUUUCUCUCACAAUGACCCUGACACUACUGAGUCUCUGCACCCCCUCGAUGUUCUCUGUGCUGUUCUGCUUUGCUCAGACAGUUUCCUACAGCAGGAGAUCCUGUCCAGAAUGUCCAUGUGCCAAUUUUCCCUCCCUCUGCUGCUACCUGCCAUCAACACCCCCAAGGGCACCCUAAUGCUGUGGGCCAUGAGGGACAUUGUGAGGAAGUGGAGGCCGCACUCCCUGGCAGAGAGCAGAGGGUUCAGAGAGGAGAGCCUGGUGCUCACCAAAAUGCCAACCGUUUCCUUUGUGCGGCUGGGGAGCUGCAGCUUCUCCAAGUCCAAACUCCUCAAUGAGGUUCUCAGCCCCUCCCAGCAGCACCACAAUUUCUUUAUCCAUCGGGACAUGGAGUCUGGGAAUGUCCCUCGGGAAAUCGCAGAUGGGCUGGUUGAGAUUUCCUGGUAUUUCCCUGCUGGGAGGGAGAAUUUGGAUCUUUUCCCAGAGCCCGUUGCAGUUACAAACCUGCGUGGAGACAUUGAGUCGCACUGGCUGCAGUUUGGUUUUUUAACAGAGGUCUCCUCAGCAGUGUUCAUAGUUACUGAGAGCAUCAGUGAAAGAGAAUAUGAGCUGUUAUCAUCUCUGCAGGGAUCAAAAGCUAAAUUCUACUUCAUCCUUAAUCCUCCAGAUGAGAAAUGUACUGAAAUUCUACAAUCUCUUAAAAAGUUAGCCCCACUGCUGAACUUCAACAAAUCACAUCUAUUGGUGAAAAAUGGUGCCAAAAAUAAGGCACAAUUUGUGAAAAAGGUGCAAUUCACCAUAGGAAGAAUAAUGAACUCCUCUCACAAGAGAGUGAAUGUAGAAGACAUGGCCAUGACAGCACGUAAGAUAGGAAUCCAAGUAGAUGAAGACUGUGAGGAAUGUCAGAGGGCAAAAGAGUGGACUGAAGAAAUCACUGGGGAAAUAGAAGAUAUUGCAGAGUACAAGAGGAAAAUGCUCAGACUCCAGGGGAGACUCUGGAAAGAUUUAGCUGAAGUGGAGAAAGAGCUGUACCAAAUGAAAGGGCAAAAUGGCAACCCUGUGGAGAUCAAUACAUCUAAACUGAAAGAGAAAUGGUUGGAGCUACGUACAGAGCAGAAUAAAUGUGAUUUUAGUGGUGACCUAGCUAAAUUUACUGAAGGAAUUGGGCAUGUAGAUGCAGUGAGGAGACAUUACUUCCUGAAGUGGUUUAAAUUAAAUCUGGAUUGCAUUGCUAGGGGGAAUCUUUCUAAACUGCUAGAUGAAUAUGAGAGGACAUGUGAUCCCAUAAUAUUAGCAGAACUAGAUGAAUCACUCUCUGCCAGUUCCUUAGGGGUAGAGCAUUUCUUGCGUGAGUUAGGGCAGUUUUAUGAGGCUGAAUACUCAAUGGUUAAGGAAGGCAAAAUGCCAGAAAGCCAAAAAAAAUUCAGCCAGUUUCCAAGCAUUGCAGCUGACCUGAUGCUGGAAGGGUUUCCCAUGGAGCUGAUCGAUGGAGAUGCAUCCAACAUCCCACUGCAGUGGGUGACAGAUGUUCUGACUGAGCUCCAUACCAAGUUGGGGGGAAGUUCUAAAAUGCUGGUUCUAACAGUGCUAGGAGUGCAGAGCACUGGGAAAUCCACUCUCCUCAACACCAUGUUCGGCCUGCAGUUUGCAGUACGUAGUGGCCGAUGUACACGAGGAGCCUUCAUGUCACUCAUUAAAGUUACAGGAAACUUAAAGGAGGAUCUUCAUUGUGAUUUCAUCCUGGUGAUAGACACACAAGGUUUGAAAGCCCCCCAACUGGCCCAACUGGAGAAUAGUUAUGAACAUGACAAUGAGCUGGCCACACUGGUGGUUGGGUUAAGUGACAUAACUAUCAUUAACGUUGCCAUGAAAAAUGCAACAGAAAUGCAGGAUAUUCUGCAAAUUGUGGUUCAUGCAUUUCUCAGAAUGGAGGAAAUUGGGCAGAAGCCCAUCUGCCAAUUUGUGCAUCAUAACAUCAAUGAUGUGUCUGCGGAAGAACAAUACACGAGAGAUAGGAAAUAUCUUUUGGAACAGCUGAAUGAAAUGACCAAACUUGCAGCCAAGAAAGAAAAAAGAUCCAGAGAAGUGGCAUUUUCUGACAUCAUGGACUAUGUCCCAGAAAAGCAUAAUUGGUACAUUCCCAGCCUGUGGCAUGGAGUCCCUCCCAUGGCUCGAGUGAAUAUAGGAUACAGUGAGAAUGUGUGUGAACUGAAGAAAUUCUUGGUUAAUCAUAUGAUCAACCAUUCACUUAACAUGGCUCCCAGAGACAUUCCCCAGUUUAAUGGAUGGAUGACAAGCCUGUGGAACUUUGUGAAAUAUGGAAAAUCCCCCUUCACCAAGAGUCCUGUAACUGAAGUCCUAUAA